ACCACACGCCAAGCACCCAGCGCGCGUGGGUGGUAUGUGCACGCUUACUAUGUGGCUACCCGUAAUAACUGCGAUAUUGUGCGUCGCAGGCGCAGGAGGCUUUUAUGUGCGGACUAUAGCUCCAACGGCGAGCCUGAAGCCUUCACCGACCUCGUCGUCUUCCAGGUGUCAUGCCAGGUGUUCAAGACGGCGACUUCCCACGACGACGACGACGACGACGACGACGACGACGACAAGCCGCACGAUCGUGAUGAUGGCGGGUCCCAACCAGGGCCAGAAGCCCGGCUUCUUCGCCGAGUGGCCCGUACUAGAGGCCGAGAUCAGGGCCUACCUCGACGAGCGACAGGCGGGAGACCCCGAGAAGGGCGGCGGGGGCGUCGAGUCCAAGGGGGCGGGGGGCACCUUGCUCAACUUUCUCUCCGUGAACCCAACUCAGAUGGCCCUGGAGAACGAGCCCGACAGGGACGAGUGGGACGGGGAGGUGAACGUGCUUUCCUACAGCGAGCUGACGAGGUACGGGUAUGGAUACCUCAUCGAGCCGAUGAUGAAAAUCGGAGGGUACGUGGCGGCCUCUGAGAGAAUGGGCAUCGACUUGAACGCUCGCACGCUCAAGGACAACGAGUACUACGAGAGAACAAAUCCGACGGUGGGCUUGGACAUACAGAAGAAGGCCGACAAGGAUGGCUUCCUAACGCUCGGAAGUGCGAAAGAGGAAAGGUUGAAUAGCGUGGCGAACGUCAGCCGUGAGGACCGAAGAAAGUCUCUCUUCGAGAAGCAAGCCAUGAUGGACAAGAAGACAAAGGCGAAAAAAGCGGCCACGAAGAAGUCCAGGGUCCUGAACACCAGCAGGAAGGUGCCUGUCAACCUGGGGGGCAGAAGCCAGAAAGAAGUGGAUGAAGAAAUUUUCCGUAAGCCGGGGCUUACCGCGGAACAGAGAGAUAUUUCGGAGUGGGUGCCUGAGGUGCGCGCUGAGGACGCUCUUCCAGCCCAGCCGCUGCUGCUGAAUUUCGCUCAAAGGGCGAACGCGGUGGCGGUUUGCGGGUGUCUUUCUCUUGCGUUCGGGAAGGGCACCUUGGACGCGCUGGAGACAGGGCUUCUACCACGAGAUGUUGCAGAGGCGGCGGUGCCGGCGAGUCUGUUCCUGCUGGGGCUGAACGUGGCUAGCGCUGUAGCGGGGGCAUCGAUCGCGAAGAACAAGGGGCGCUCGGUGCCGCUGUGGGUAUUCAAGGGGGCGUUGGCGGGACUGACGAGCGUGUUGGAGCUGAAGGGGCUUCCGGAACUUGUUCCUCUUGGUAGUAGUAGUAGUGCUAGUGCUGAUCCGCAGCCAUCCGGCGGGGCGAGCGACAGAAGCAGCAGUACAUGAUCACGUUGGAGGAAUGAGUCGUGGGUGGGUAUAAGUAUCUGAUACUUCGAUUGAUACUGCUGUUGUGGCAUAGUCGACUGCCAAUUAGUCUAUGGUGUAGAUGAUCUUUUUCUCGGACCGGGUCGUUCAUCCCGUUGGAUCGAUUGCUGCUGCUGGUUGAGAUCACCCGCGGGCGGAGCGAAACACUUCCCCCGACUCUCUUGCCCAUGGUUGCCAGAAGCAGCGUCCCC